AACAAAAUGGGGAAAACACAGAGGCGGCGUUAGGCGAAGGAAGUGGAGUUACACAAUAGUGAGAGAAGGGAGGAAGAAGAAGAGAGGAGAAAGAUGAACAAGAAGGAGAUCUUCAAGCUAGCGAAAGGUUUCAGGGGAAGAGCGAAGAAUUGCAUAAGAAUUGCAAGGGAAAGAGUAGAGAAAGCUCUUCAGUAUUCUUACAGAGAUAGGCGUAACAAGAAACGCGAGAUGAGAGGUCUCUGGAUCGAGCGCAUCAACGCCGGUUCUCGCCAACACGGUGUGAACUACGGUAACUUCAUCCAUGGACUGAUGAAGGAGAACAUCCAGCUGAACCGGAAAGUCCUCUCUGAGUUAUCUAUGCACGAACCUUACAGCUUCAAAGCACUUGUGGACGUCUCCCGCAAGUCUUUCCCUGGAAACAAGAACGUGGUCCAAGCAUCUCGGAAAGUAGACAUUUCAUCCAUCAAUGCCUAGUUAGGACCAAGUUAGUUUCAUCUCCACCUUCUUAAGGACACAUAACAUUUAGUAAUUUGUCAGAAUAACGUGUACCCUGGCGAUACUACUAUACUUUUGCAAUUUGAGAGAAUGUAUUUCGUCUUCUUAUUUCGUUUAGCAAAUCUAAAUACAUUGGUUUGUUUAUUACU